CGUCCAGCAGAGAGGCGGGGGAUUGUGAACCGAGCGGCUGACUGGAGGGCUGCUGCUGCGGGCUCUGUCGGGGUAACGCACGCUAGGUAACAGGGCUCCGGAAAACUUCUCCUGCUCUCCUUCAGCGGUGGCUAACGGAGCACAAAGGCCGACACCACAGCAGCUCGUUCCGGAGGGGUGUUCAGUGAAACAUGAGGAGCCGCCCGGGUCGCUGAGCAGCUGAGGGUCGGAGUCGAAGCGCGUGCUCCAGCAGACAUGGCGGACAGAGAGGGGCUUCCCAUCGCCCCAGGCCAGGUCUACGUCGAGGUGGAGUAUGACUACGAGUACAAGGCCAAGGAUAAGAUGGUGGCCAUCCGCCAGGGAGAAUGUUACAUGUUGGUGAAGAAGACCAACGAGGACUGGUGGCAGGUGAGGAAGGAGGAAGGGGCAAAAGCCUUCUAUGUUCCGGCGCAGUACGUCAGGGAGGUGCGACGGGCGUUGAUGCCGCCGCAGAAGCCCGCCCUGAGGGCCAAGCCCACCGUUCUGGACAUCUGUAGGGAAUCCAACGAGAACCUCAACAGGCCUCAGCCGGAAAUGUCAAGCUUCGGCCGUCCGUCGCCCUCCUCCACCCCGUCGCCGUCCUCAGACCGCGUCACGCCGCCUGUUCUCCCCAAGGAUGCCAACCAGAACCUGGGGAGUCCGCACCACUGCAAGCUGGUGGCAGAGCUGGUUCUCCUCCACAACAACAACAACCACCACCACAGUAACAACUCGUCAUUGCCACGGACACGGGCCGACUCACCUCCACUCAAAGCAGGAAACGGACUCAGCAAAAGUCCGGACAGUGACAAGAGCUCGGCUGCGAGCGAGGCGCCGGGAGAAGGGUCCGUCAAACAGCGCAACGACUCGGAGUCUGGAGACGAGCUGAGCAGCAGCUCAACAGAACACAUGCAGACGACGUCUCCCACGGGUCCGGGCCGCUCCGUCUCGCCGGUCUACACCAACCUCCAGGAGCUAAAGAUCUCCCAGUCCAGCUUGCCGCCCGUCCCGUCAGGCUCCCCGCUCCACGUUGUGGGCGACUGGGAGACCCACAAGGACCUGAGCGGCAGGUACUUCUACUACAACCGGGCUAACAGCGAGCGCACCUGGAAGCCUCCGCGCUCCAGAGACGCCUGCAGCAGCACCAGCAGCAUCCGCGGAGACAGCCAGGGCACAGCGGAGAGUGAGCUGCUGUCCUCUGAAGAGAACUGCCACAGCACACACUCCAGCCAGUCGGACAGCCAGUAUGGGUCGCCCCCUAGAGGCUGGUCGGAGGAGCUGGACGAACACGGACACACCCUCUAUGUGUCCGAACACACACAGGAGAAGUGGGUCAAACACGUGGACGAGCAAGGCCGGCCCUACUACUACAGCGUCGACGGAUCCAGGUCAGAGUGGGAGCUGCCAAAGUACAACAUCUCCCCUCUCUCUGGAGAAGUUCCUAAGAGUCGGAGUUUGGAAAGGAAGCAGCCAGAACCCAUCGUCCUCACCAAGUGGAGGCACAGCACCUACGUCUUGGACCUCAACGACAAGGAGUGUGCUUCGGCGCCCAAGCAGAGCUCUCCAGACUCUGACUCCUGCCCAUCAUCUCCUAAACACCCUUCAACCCCCUCGGAGAAGUGUGGAGUCCUUAAUGUCACCAAAAUCACAGAGAAUGGAAAGAAGCUCAGGAAGAACUGGACAUCUUCCUGGACCGUGCUGCAGGGUUCUUCCCUCCUGUUUGCCAAGGGCCAGGGCGCCAGCACCAGCUGGAAAUUUGGCAGCAACCAGUCCAAGCCCGAGUUCACGGUUGAUCUGCGUGGAGCAUCGGUGGAGUGGGCUUCCAAGGAGAAAUCGAGCAAGAAACACGUCAUUGAGCUGAAGACCCGUCAGGGCAUGGAGCUGCUGAUCCAGUCCGAGAUCGACAGCGUCAUCAACGACUGGUACCGGGCCCUCAUGGAGACCAUCAACACUCAUGCGUGGGAGUCUGAUGAAGCCAUUGAGGAAGACAUGCCCGAGUCUCCGGGAGCUGAGAAACAGGACAAAGAGAAGGACCAUCGGGACUCCAAGAAGAACAGAGUGAUGAAGAACUCCAUCAGUAUGGACUCAUCAGACCAGAAAAAAACCAGGAUGAAGCUGAAGAAGUUCCUGAUAAGGCGACCCACCUAUCAGGCAGUCAGAGACAAAGGGUACAUCAAAGACCAGGUGUUUGGCUGCAGUCUGAGCAGUCUGUGUCAGCGGGAGAGCACGUCGGUACCUAACUUCGUCAAGAUGUGCAUCGACCAUGUGGAGAACACAGGUCUCAGUGUUGACGGCCUGUACAGAGUGAGUGGGAACCUGGCGGUGAUCCAGAAGCUCCGCUUCGCUGUGAAUCACGAUGAGAAGGUGGACCUGAACGACAGUAAGUGGGAGGACAUCCACGUCACGACCGGCGCGCUCAAGAUGUUCUUCAGAGAGCUUCCUGAGCCUCUCUUCACAUACGGCUCCUUCAACGACUUUGUGAACGCCAUCAAAUGCUCUGACUAUAAGCAGCGAGUGAAUUCAGUCAAAGACUUGAUCAAGAAGUUGCCAAAACCCAACCAUGACACGAUGCAGGCCCUGUUCAGACACCUGCGCAGGGUGAUCGAGCACGGAGAGGCCAACCGCAUGACCACCCAGAGCGUGGCCAUCGUGUUCGGACCCACGCUGCUGCGGCCUGAGACUGAGACGGGCAACAUCGCUGUCCACAUGGUCUACCAGAACCAGAUCGUGGAGCUGAUCCUGCUGGAGUACGAAGGCGUGUUUGGGAGGUAGAAGAAGCCACAGGAGGAGAAGAAGAGCGUUGCCGGGUUUCCCUAACAGACUUCUGUCCCGUUUCCUGAACGACGCUGUGGACCAAGCAGCUGGGAGGAAUAAAAAAUAAAAAAGGAAAAUAACAGUUUACAAAAGUCUUGCACUUACAAAGAAUCUGGGGAUGAGUUUAGGAAUAAAAAUAGAUGUAUAGAUGUUGCCCGUUUUUUUUUUUUCAGUUGCCAUUCCUGCUGUGAGGAGCGGGCGGUUGAGAGAAAGCCUUUCAGAGUGUUGCCGUGGUGACGUGUGGGCCGUCUGUGCGAGUCGAUGAAUUUUGAGUGUUUACACUGGAUCUUUCGUGGUCAGUCUUUGGAAUCAGAAACGGCCACUCCGCUUUGAACUCCGGGUGGGAGGGGAUCAGGAAGGACCUGGCAUCAUGUCCGCCUUUCAUAACCGGGUCGGUUCUGUGUGAGGGACUCGUUCUAUCCGCUUUUUAACAGUGUUAGCCAUAAACUCUGCGGCCUCCUCCCGGAGGACCUUCGCGUAACGGAGCGGAUCUCCUCGUCAUUAAGCUAGCGUGGCAGCAGACGCUGUAUGGAUGCCCUCCAACACGUUGCCGAGCGUUUGUACAGAGCGUUGUUGUAAAAAAGAAGAAAAAAAAAUAGUGUCCCUGUAACUGAGGUGUGUAUGCUUUGAAGGUAAACCAGUGGAAGAUUAUGAAUUUAAAUAUAUUAAAAAAAGCAUCAAUUGUGGAUGGAAAAGUGCUGAUGGACUGGUAGUUCUGUGUGUGUGAGGUGUUUGUGCAUGGUCAGCUGCACACUUUGAAUGUAAUUUUCCGGCUAACUGCUGUUUGUGAAUUGCUAUGUCUAAUAAAACAGACAAACUAAA